GCCUGUUAAGAAUCGAGUUGUGGACCUUUAAAGGGGUUCAAGUGAAAGUGUUCCAGUGUUUUUUUUUAAAAACACACACAUACAAAUGCUUUUCUUUAGUUACCAGGUUUGCACGGUCCAUUUCCGGAAAUUGGCAGCAAUAACCUGUUUGGCAAAUUGAGAGAGGCUCCAGUUUUUCAAUAUAGUUUGGACUGGAAAUAUUAAACAAGUCUACACUGACUUCUGACUCUAACCAGUAACAGCGGCGUGCUCACUGGGCUGUGUGCUGUUUGCUGGGCUGGAGCACCAACUUGAUGAUGUACAGAAAGAGAGGGAUCCCGGCUGAUGUUUGGUCUGUAGAAGGAGUGGAUCCCAACACGGUAGGGGAUACCCAGGACACCAAGUCAAAUCCAAGUGGACGCUUUACUCACCAUGAGACUUAUGAAAAGGCUCGUGAGCUCUUCCAGUUGUGUGACAAAGAGGAGAAGGGCUUCAUCACCAAGCGGGACAUGCAGAUCUGUCCCUUGCUUCAUUUACAGAGAUUGCAGAAUGAGUUACCUCUGACCCCGGAGCAAUUAGAAGAUGUCUUUGAUAGCCUGGACCAGAGUAACAAUGGCUAUUUAACGCCCUUGGAAUUCAGCAUGGGAUUUGGACAAUUCAUAGGUAUCGAGGUAUUGCCAGCAACACAAAGUCGGGAAAGCUCAAAGCUUGAGGAAACGUUUGAAUCUGGCUGGUCUGAUGACCUGGAUAUCAUAGACGAUGAGGAAGAGAAGCGGUUUUGUUUCUUGAUGCAGCAACUUGGUGCUUCACAGAUCUUUGAGGAUCAAAGUGAAGUGAGAGAGUUGUGGACCAGAUUGCGGAGGGACAAACCUGAGCUGCUAGCUAACUUUGAACAGUUUUUGUCUAAAGUUUCAACACAUGUCCAGGAGGUGCAAAAUGACAAGAUAACCAUGGAACAGGCAUUGAAACGGAAGGAGUGUGACCAUGAUCGAGAGGUUCGAUGCUUGUACGAGGAAAUGGAGCAGCAGAUUAAGCGGGAGAAAGAACAGCUGUUGAAUCAGCAGGAUGUGUGGAAGCACAGUGACCGAAACCAUCAGCUACAGAGGGAACUCAGCAGUAAGGAGCAGGACCUAGAAAAUAUCAUUCAAAAGCAGAAGAAGUUGGAACUACAACUUGAGGAGUAUAACUAUGAACACACAGAGACUAGGAUUCAGAAUGAAAGAUUGAGGCGGCUGAAUGAGGAUCUGCAGGACCAGCUGGAUAGGACGAAGAAAGACUUAGAGACUACACGAUUUAACCUUCAGGUCCUUCAAGAUGAGGCCCGCUAUGAACAUCAGCAAACAGCCAGGGAUAUCCUGAAGGUGUCAAAGAACAUGCAAAAGGAAAGAGAGAGUCUACUGAGACAACUAGAACUUCUCAGGGAGAUGAACAAGAAACUCCGAGAUGAAAGGGAUGCCUAUGAAGCCAAGAAGCUGACUUCUCCCAGCAAAAAGCCUCUGUUGAAGAGAGGUUCAGUGAUAGGGAAUUACCUGGUGGAAGACAAACCAGUCAAACGACAGCUUGUUGCUGCAGAUCAAUCUCCCGUCUCCACCGAGGAUGUGACUUUGGAGCCCAGCAAGAAGAACUGUCGAUAUUUCUCCAAGGAGACCGGCAUAGGAGAUUCUGGUGAUGAAGACCUGCUUAGUCCAACGUUGACAGAACACCACAGCCCUCUAGAGGAAACUGCAGACUGCAGGGUAGGUGGACUACCUAUGCACACCUCAGAAGAGGAAGAAUUUGAUGAGGCCCCACUUUCACCCAGAGGCCAGCCUAUUGGCAUAGAAACAGUGGAUGAUGACAGCCAGAGACCAGGCAUUGGUUUAGCCGCAGGUAGCAGAGAGCUGCAUGGUGUCCGGAUUAAGCACUUCAUCUACAUGCACAGGAGCAGGAUUGCUGUGGGCACUGGGAACCUGAGAUACAAGCUGCAGGACUACAACAACAGCCUCUGGAAUGUUUGUGUCUGGUUGUCUUUAUGGGCAGGGCAAGGGGAGCUGGCAUGA